ACUGUUGUAUUUAUUUUGGCCUGCGUCUUUUCUCCCCUCAGAGAUGUUUCGUUUGCCGUCAGUCAUGAAGCAGGUGAGGCCCGUGUGCAGGGCGCUGGCUCCUCACCUGACGCGAGCCUACGCCAAAGACGUCAAAUUCGGAGCAGAUGCUCGCGCCCUCAUGCUGCAGGGAGUGGACCUGCUGGCCGACGCGGUGGCGGUCACUAUGGGCCCGAAGGGUCGCACCGUCAUCAUCGAGCAGACCUGGGGCAGCCCGAAGGUCACCAAGGACGGCGUGACGGUGGCCAAGAGCAUCGACCUGAAGGACAAGUACAAGAACAUCGGUGCCAAGCUGGUGCAGGACGUCGCCAACAACACCAACGAGGAGGCCGGUGACGGCACCACCACCGCCACGGUGCUGGCUCGCGCCAUCGCCAAGGAGGGCUUCGACAACAUCAGCAAAGGCGCCAACCCCGUGGAGAUCCGCCGCGGAGUCAUGAUGGCCGUAGAAACCGUCAUCAACGAGCUGAAAAACCUCUCCAAGCCCGUCACGACACCUGAGGAGAUCGCACAGGUCGCUACAAUCUCAGCCAAUGGAGACGUGGAGAUCGGCACCAUCAUUUCUAACGCCAUGAAGAAAGUCGGCCGGAAGGGAGUCAUCACCGUCAAGGACGGGAAAACUCUGCACGACGAGCUGGAGAUCAUCGAGGGGAUGAAGUUUGACCGAGGUUACAUCUCCCCGUACUUCAUCAACACGGCCAAAGGUCAGAAGUGCGAGUUCCAGGACGCCUACCUGCUGCUGAGCGAGAAGAAGAUCUCCAGCGUCCAGAGCAUCGUGCCCGCUCUGGAGAUCGCCAACCAGCACCGCAAACCGCUGGUGAUCGUGGCCGAGGACGUGGACGGAGAGGCGCUCAGCACCCUCGUCCUCAACAGGUACAGGAGAGCUUUUUAUACGAGCUGAAAGCAGCGAAUGUGUAACAGAAACUCUCUGAAACCUGAGAAAAUCAGCCUGAUUUCUCUCAAAAACAUGGCAGGAGGACAAUGAGC